UUGACUCUCCUUUGAAGCCUGCACAUCUCCAGUUCUCUACCCAGUCUUUACAAACCCCAACAACUCCAACAUGUAUGUCCAAAGGAAGGCCUACUCCAUGGCAAGCUCCAGAGGAGCCCCCAGGAUGUCGCUCGCAGGGCCCCAAUCUGGCAGCUACACCGUCAAGAGAAGCAGCUACAAUCUCGGCUCCAGUGCUGGUGGUUUUGGUGCCGCUAGCGUUUAUGGUAGUGGUUCCGGCUUAGGUUUUACCAGUUCCAUCAACUCGGGCUCUAUGCUUGGUGGUUAUGGAGGAACAAUAAUGCCCGGCCAAAUCACCCAAGUCACAGUCAACCAGAGUCUGCUGACCCCCAUGAGUCUGGAUAUUGACCCCAGCAUCCAGGCUGUUCGCACCCAGGAAAAGGAGCAGAUCAAGACCCUCAACAACCGCUUUGCUUCAUUCAUUGACAAGGUCCGCUUCCUGGAGCAGCAGAACAAGAUGCUGGAGACCAAGUGGAACCUCCUCCAGGAGCAGACCACAACCCGCUCUAACAUCGAUGCCAUGUUUGAAGCUUACAUUGCCAACCUGCGCAGGCAACUCGAUGGGUUGGGCAACGAGAAAGUCAAGCUGGAGGGAGAACUGAAGAACAUGCAGCUCCAGGUGGAGGACUUCAAGAGAAAGUAUGAGGAUGAAAUCAACAAACGCACAGCUGCAGAGAAUGAGUUUGUGGUCUUGAAGAAGGAUGUUGAUAGUGCCUACAUGAACAAGGUGGAGCUGGAGGCCAAAUGUGAUGCUCUUCAGGAUGAAAUCAACUUCCUCAGAGCCAUCUAUGAGGCUGAGCUUCGGGAGCUGCAGUCCCAGAUCAAAGACACCUCAGUCAUUGUGGAGAUGGACAACAGCCGUAGCCUUGAUAUGGAUGCUGUUGUGGCUGAAGUGCGUGCUCAGUAUGAGGAUAUUGCCAACCGUAGCAAGGCUGAUGCAGAGUCUUGGUACAAACAGAAGUAUGAAGAGAUGCAGAGCUCUGCUGGACAGUAUGGUGAUGACCUUCGCACAACCAAGGCUGAGAUUGCUGAGCUGAACCGCAUGAUUGCCCGUCUUCAAAAUGAAAUUGAGGCUGUCAAGGCACAGCGGGCCAGCCUUGAGGCACAGAUUGCAGAGGCUGAGGAGCGCGGUGAGUUGGCAGUGAAGGAUGCUAAGCUCCGCAUCAAGGAACUGGAGGAAGCCCUUCAGAGAGCCAAGCAGGACAUGGCCCGCCAGGUGCGUGAAUACCAGGACCUGAUGAACGUUAAACUGGGCCUGGACAUUGAAAUCGCCACCUACAGGAAAUUGCUGGAAGGAGAGGAGACAAGACUGCUCUCUGGACCCACCAGCGCAACCAUCCAUGUGCAGCAGUCCACAGGCGGAUACUCCAGCUCCGCUGCCAGUUCCGGUGGAUUUGGCUACGGUGGAAGCAGCAGCAGCAUGUCUGCUGGCUAUGGCAGCGGGCUUUCUAGUGGUUUCGGUGGUACCGUUACGAAGUCCACGAUGUCCACAACCAGCACUUCCAGAAGAAUACUUUAAGAAGGAGAGCAGUCCCUCUACCCCAUUUGAAAAUCUUGAAUUGACCAAAAUCUGUAUGCCCUUUCAAAGUGGUAUGCACGUACCACUGUGGAGCAGGCAUGAUAGUCCAAAGAUUUGCCAUCUGCCAAAUUAUCUCAGUUACAAAAAUAGCUACCAGUGGUGUUCCAAGAAUCACUGGGUCCAUUUAAAACUCAUAUGCGACAUUCAUCAUCAUUUAAGAGUUUCAGAAACUAAAUGCAGUGGAAAAUGUGUCUCUUUUCUACACUAACUUCAAAUCGAUUGGAAAAGAGAUGCAAAAGAGGCAUGCGCUGUUGAAACUAUGCAAAGGAAACAUUGGCUUACCAGAUCACAAACUUGAAGAACAGAUACUCUAGAAUCUUAGGCUGCUCCAGUUCUCAGUAGAAGUCUCCAAUUUUUAGAUUUGAGUGCCAACACCAGUGAAGAGAGCUGGAGACAAGCAAUAAAAAGAAAUUGUACGUUUAUAGCUGCGAUACUAGAUUUGUUAAAAAAGUAAAUUGCCUUGAUCUUUGUUUUUGGCACUGUCAAAUAAUGUCCUUUGUUGUUUAAGAUUGUCUUGCCUUGAUGGUUCAGUUAGGUUGACACCAGAUUUAGUUUUGAAAAAACCCUCCUCCCAACAUGAUUGAUGAAAGCUGCAACAAAUGACAUCACUAUUAAAUCUAAAGUACACAA